CUUUCUGGCAGCACCGCUUCUCCUUUGUCUUCUCUCUAUCCAUCCAGCGGCUCUGCUCUCCUUCCUCUCUCUCUCUCUCCGUGCUGCAGCCACACACACGCCCACGGCCCGGCAUUCACCUCUCUCUUCUUCCUCCACAAUGAACCAAGCACCACUAUCUGCUAGACCGUGGCGGCAGAAUCGAGCACGGGCCGUCUCACCCGUGACCGGUGGCUGCUUCGCGUUCGUCGACAGAUUGCGAUGCUGCUGCUGCUCGUAUGGGCUCCCGGUGACCAGGCCAGCAUGCGCUGGGGCUGCCUGGGCUCCCAGCAGCCGGCCUCCCCGCCGCCUCCAACAUCGCCUGGAGAGGAGCUCCUCUGUGCUUCCGAGCCGCCUCCUCGAGCAGGGCAGCCAGAGGGAAGGGAGUCAGCACAUGGAACACAACUGGAACGCCCCGCCUUGGAGCUCGCUGCCUCCGGCAACCUCUUUGUCGGCCUCGUGCUCCUCUGUCUCGAGCACCCCCUCCUGGCCGCCGUCCAUCUCUUGGUGGUGCCUGUUAGGCAGGCGUUGAUGCUUAUCCUCGGCUCUCUCUCUCUCUGUCAGUUGUCUCCUUCAGGCCGAGGAGGAUGAGUGGGGCUCUCGCAGCUGGGCCACUGCGGCCGCGUUGACUGAGGAUGAGCGCGCGUGUCCGGCGCAUAUGGCCCGUCCUCCGCGCCUCCGCUCCUGCUCCUCCUCUCGCCCGGGCAACGUCCCGCUCACGCCCUUCAUGUGCUCGCCGCCGUCGUUCUGCGCCCGAUCGGAUCGGGAGCACCGCAGCUCGAUACAGCCCAAAAAGAUCUUGAACCGUUUUUUCUUUAACUCACCGAGGACUGCGGGUUGAAUAGCCGAAAUAGUAGGGGGUUUUCUGCAAACAUUCUGACGUACGACCAGAAGCACUCCAUGCUUUAUUAGUAGGGAAAAGAUAUACAUGUCAACUAUUUCAUGCCCUCUUUUUUCCACACUAUCUAUUGCAUCUGUCUCUCAUACAAUGUCUGUACAUUCAAUUAUGUUUCCUGUUUAUCAGCCAUUUGAAAUGGAGCGGGUGAUGCCAGUAUCUAGCGGACUAAAAACACGGUCUUCAAAUAAAACAGUGCUACCUAUUGGUGGAGAUAGCACCCUAGUUGUACAUGUACAAGAACCAGCGCUACCACACAUAACUCAAACUCUCGCAGAUUGUACCCCUACUACGAUGGACAGAGAACCAGCUUCACCCAAUCUAACCCCAACCCCAGCCGAUAGUAACCUAGUUCUUGUUGACACAGCACCAUCUCCACCACAGAGCUCCCAAACAAGAGCAGUUAGUAAGGCAGCUCCAGUGCCCAAAGGGCCAGUACUAUCACGGCGAACCCCAACUCCACCAGUUAGUACGCCUAUUCCUGUGAGGAAGCACAACCAGCU